AUGCCACCAACACUCAUAAAGCACGGAUACUGCUGCUCAUCGCAUUAUCUGUGUCCGAACAAAGCUGAAUAUUACGUCGAAGAAAGUUCUCAAAUGCCACGCUCAUGCACACUCGGUGGCUUCAUCACGUGUCCGAGUGGUUACACUUGUCAAAGUGCACACUAUGAUUUCACAACUGGUCACUGCUGUAAAGGAGGGCAUGCAGCAGUCUCAGAUGGAUGUCCACCAAACGAGUACGCGUUCAUGAAGGGUGGUGAGAUCGCAUCAUGCGAUCCGUUCAACCACAAGAAUUCUCCUUGUCCAUCCGGCUAUUCAUGUCAAUGGUCCAUAGCCAACCAACGUUAUCAAUGUUGCGGCUCAGCACCAGUCAAUAUUCCAAAAAAGAAAACAUGUCAGUCAUGUAAUCGUUCGAACUUGAAAAUUGCCAAUUCUCUGUUUUACUCUACGAAUCAUUUUCCUCAAAUUCUCGUUUCUCAUAAGUACUUCAAGUAUAAUUUAUCAUAUGAUUUAUCAUCAAACUUCGAACGGAUUCUGCUCAGUAGAGCCGUGAGAGGUAGAACUGAAAGCAAUAAAGCACCAGAAUACUUGUGA